AUGACCAAGGUCCUCCUCACAGGUGGUGCUGGCUUUGUCGCCACCCACAUCAUCAGCCAGCUCCUUGAACGAGGCCACAAAGUCGUCACCACGGUUCGGUCAAAGGAAGAAGAGCAGGUUGUUCGCGAUGCCCAUAAGGACACAGGGAAGGAUAACAUUGAAUUAGUGAUUGUGCCCGACAUGGUGGUCAAGGGCGCCUUUGACGAGGCGGCCCAGAUCGAAGGCCUUGGGGCGGUACUGCACAUCGCAUCGCCAUUCUUUUAUGAUUUCGUUGAUGCCCAGAAGGAACUGGUUGAUCCUGCUGUCUAUGGUACGACCUGGCUGUUCGAGGCUAUCCAUCGCUACGCCCCAACUGUCAAGCGCAUCAUCAUGACCUCGUCUUUCGCCUCCGUCUUGGACGAAGAUAGGCUUGAGGACCCCUCCACCGUCUUCACUGAAAAGGACUGGAACCCUGUCACAAUGGAUGAAGUCAACAACAGCAAAGCCACGGCAUACCGCGUAAGCAAGAAGUUUGCCGAACGCGCCGCCUGGGACUUUGUCGCUGAGAACAGAACCAUUCGUCUCUGGACAAAAGUCAAUACUUCCAACUCGCGUAUGGUUGACCUGGUCCAAGGCAAGUGGAAAGAAGCGAUUCCAGAUGCCUAUCUUGCGGCUGUCUACUGGAUCGAUGUUCGAGACCUUGCUCUGACACACAUUCUCGGCAUGGAGAAGCCUGAAGCCGGGGGCAGGAGACUGAUGCCUCUUGGCGGGCGGUUUGGUAAUAGAAUGAUUGCGGAUAUCGUGUGGAAGCAUUUUCCUGAGCUGAGGGAGAAGCUCCCUGGUCCGGAUGUUCCUGGAGGUAGCCUCGCGCCUGCAGAUCAAGUAUACAGGGUCGACAAUACGGAGACGAAGAGGUUUUUGGGGAUUGAGUGGAGGGAGUUUGAGACGGCCAUUGUGGAUUGUGUGGAUAGCCUCAAGCCUUAUGGAAUCUAA